AUGUCUGGCAAAGAGAUGGAAUACACACGCCUUGGCAAGUCAGGCCUGAAGAUCUCCAGGAUUAUCUUGGGUACCAUGGGCUUUGGUAGCAAGGAUUGGCAGGAUUGGGUCUUGGACGAAGAGGAGUCGUUGAAUGUCAUUGAGCACGCUUACAAGCGGGGCAUCAACACCUGGGACACGGCGGAUGUCUACUCACACGGCCGCUCAGAGGAGGUCGUUGGCAAGGCCCUGAAGAAGUUCAACAUUCCCCGCAACCGUGUGGUCAUCAUGACCAAGUGCUUCUACGGCGUCGACGAUGAGGGCAAGUUCCCGCCCAUCUGGCAGUCCGCGCGUAACGAAGGUGACUUUAUCAACCGUGUCGGUCUGUCUCGCAAGCACAUCUUCGAUUCCGUUGAUGCUAGCGUCCAGCGUCUCGGCACAUACAUCGAUGUGCUCCAGAUUCACCGUUUGGACCGCGACACUCCCCGCGAGGAAAUCAUGAAGGCUCUGAAUGAUGUUGUCGAGAGUGGUAAGGUCCGCUAUAUCGGUGCUAGCUCGAUGGCAGCUUGGGAAUUCCAAACUCUGCAGAACAUCGCCGCCCGCAACGGCUGGCACCAGUUCAUCAGCAUGCAGAACUACCACAACCUGAUUGCCCGCGAAGAGGAGCGCGAGAUGAUCCCAUAUUGCCUUGACAGCGGUGUCGGGCUCAUCCCCUGGUCUCCCAUGGCCCGCGGUGUUCUGGCACGGCCAUGGGGCUCGCGCUCCACCGUGCGCGAGAACACCGACGGAGCUCUCAAGGUACUGAUCCGCAACCGUGAAACGGAGGCGGACAAGGCCAUUGUGGAUCGUGUGGAGGAGUUGGCCGGUAAGAAAGGGGUGAGCAUGGCGCAGAUUGCUUUGGCCUGGUCCUUGACUCACCAGAAUGAGUGCCCUAUCGUGGGUCUGCACAGCGCUGCGCGUGUUGAUGAGGCCGUUGCCAGUCUGAAGGUUCAGUUGAGUCCUGAGGAGAUUCAGUAUUUGGAGGAGCUGUACGUUCCCAAGACGAUUGCUCCGCUGGAGCGGUAA